UUCAAUCUAUUCGUCUUCAACCUUGUCAACCUGCGUUCGUGAGUUUGCUCCGAAGGAGAAUACGACUUCGCCUUGACUCAGUAUCAAGCUCCAUUCGUGUUUAAUCUGACUCUGCUGAUAAAAAAGGCAUGGGUGUGUUUAGUUUAGUGUUUCACCAUGGGGGAAAUUUUGUGCAAGACAGUCAUAUGUAUUACAGAGGCGGUAUUGAGACUAUUGUUGAAGGUCAGGACGAAGUUAAAUGGAGUUUUUUUGAAGCUGUAAGUCUGGUUAAAGAUUGGGGCUAUGAAGGUUUUAGGCUAUGGAGAAAGAUUCCGCAAAUGGAUGAAGGCUUUACAAAUGUUGUUGAUGAUGUAGGAGCUGCAGAAAUUGGUAAGCAUUGUAUGUCUUAUAAGGUUGAUGGUCAUGUUUGGGUAGAGCAUGGUGUAAAAGGCAUGAUGACCAAGGUGCUAUUACCUAAUGUAGAUGACUUCAACACCUCUAGUGAAGAUGAAUGCAGUGGUGAUGAGGUUGAUGCAGGACAAUGUUUUGAUGACAGUGAAGAGGAUAGAGUAAUUGAAGAAGAAAAAGAACAAUUUGAAGAAAUGGAGGUAGUUGUUCCAGCUAGUGGGAAUAGGGUGGACAUCAAUGGGAAAUCAGUAAGAUUCAAGCUCUGUGCAUCCAAGGACCCCAAAAAGAUGAAACAAAUGAGAAUGCUAAAGAAGGUCAAUGUUUUGGUUCCCAAGAGUGUCUUAGGAUCUUGUUCAAAGAGGAACACAAGCAAAGGUGAAGAUGUGGAUUAUGCUAGUGAGGAACUUGAAAGUGAUGAUGCUGAUGAAAGUGACAUAGAUGACAAACCUUCCAAGCCAAAGUAUGAGAAGUUCAGAUCAGAGCUGCUUAACAAAGACUUCCAAUUCAAAUUAGGUAUGGAGUUCAUAUCUCUUACUGAAUUUAAAGAUGCUAUUAGGGAGUGGUCAAUCUUAAAUGGUAGAGAGAUAAGUUUUGUUAAGAAUGAGUGA